UUACGUCAUCGGGACCGGUGCGUUCGCAGGGAAUUUGGGCGAUGCAGCUCUGCAUGAUACGAAGCAUGCACUUGCAGGAAACACCGCACAGCCUUUUGUGUUCUCAUCGUCUAGUUUGGUUUAAUAUCUGUAAAUAAAAGCGACACAAAAAACCAUCGGCAGGUUAAUAGGCGGGACUUCCUUCCGGCUGUUUAUCUCGUUGUGCAGCGCAAGGCCAGCCAGUGCAGGAUCAGAUAACAAGGUUGUCUCUUCACAAACCUGACUAUGCUGAGCUGCUUGCUGCGAGGAGGCUGCAGUCCUCGCCUCUGCCUGUGGGCCCUGCUGCUGCUGCCUCUGGUCUCCCUCCAUACCUUGAACCAACAUGGGCGCAGGAGCCACGGUGUGAACGAGCGGCCCAAGUUGCUUCUUGUGUCCUUUGACGGCUUCCGAUGGGAUUACAUCAACCGAGUCCCGACGCCUAACUUCCACAACAUCAUGGAUAACGGCGUGAUAGUGGAGCACGUUGAGAACGUUUACAUCACCAAGACCUAUCCAAACCACUACAGCUUGGUGACAGGGCUGUACGCUGAGACGCAUGGCAUUGUGGCCAACGAGAUGUACGACCCUGUUUUGAACCGCUCCUUCUCCAUGGAGACGGACAGUGUUUAUGAGUCGCGGUGGUGGGAAGCGGCAGUGCCCUUAUGGGUCAGCAUCCAGAAAGCUGGAGGGCGAAGCGGGGCGGCGAUGUGGCCAGGGUCUGACGUCAAGAUCCACGGCAUGUUCCCCAAUAAGUACCUCCUGUAUAAUGCCUCAGUCUCCUUUGAAACCAGAGUGGAGCGGCUUAUCGAGUGGUUCUCUGCACCCAAAGAGGCAGCAGUGGAUUUUGGAGUUCUGUACUGGGAGGAGCCGGAUGAGAGCGGGCACAAUCUGGGACCCGAGAGUCCCCUCAUGGACGUAGUCAUUGCCGGAAUCGACGAGAAGCUUGGCUUCCUCAUGAAUGAGCUCAAGAAGGCCAGGCUGUAUGAGAAUGUGAACCUGAUAGUGACCAGUGACCACGGCAUGACGCAGCUCUCCUCUGAUAAGAUCAUAGAACUGGAUGAGUAUGUGAGCAGAGACCUGUACACCUGGGUGGACAAGAGUCCGGUGGUGGCACUACUUCCCAAAGAAGGGAAGCUCGACGAGAUUUACCAGAAGCUGGUGGAUGUCAAUCCUAACAUGGUGGUGUACAAGAAGGAAGACGUUCCUGAGCACUUCCAUUAUCAACACAACGUCAGGAUCAUGCCGAUCCUCAUCGCGGCCAAGGAAGGCUGGACCAUAAUGCAGAAUAGGACCGGGCCCUUCAUGCUUGGAAAUCAUGGCUUUGACAACAACCUAAUUAGCAUGCAGCCUGUGUUCGUGGCCCGUGGGCCAGCCUUUCGCAAGCAUUACAUCAAGACCUCCAUGCGAUCAGUUGACCUCUACCCUCUCAUGUGCCACAUCCUGUCCAUCCCCCCUCUACCAAACAACGGGUCCCUCUUAAACGUUCAGGACCUGCUGUACCCAGAGCCAACAGUAUCCACGCCCAGCCCUGCUCCCAGGGUCUACGUGUACUCCUAUGCCCCUGUCGUGGGUUCUUUCCUUGGUGUGGCAAUGGUGCUGGGCUUUCUGUGUUUCUACAUCAGACAAGUGACCGUCAAACAGCUGCCCUCUCUAAAACACAGAAGCAGGGAGAUGUCUCAGCCUUUACUGCAAGAAGACUUGCACCUGUAGCGGGAGGAAGAGAAAUAAUGGCAGGUGUAAAAGAAGAGGAGGUGUAGCUCCCCAAAGGUAGUCCGCUCUCUCCAGAAGCAUCCCCUAACGCCUCCUUUAUACGACUAAAGGCCAAUGUGCUGCUCUUUUUAUUAGUCGGAGAUCAAGGGAAUAUAACCUAAUCAUGUAUAGAGGUAUGUCUCCCUCGGUUGAGUGUAAGGGAAAUGCCUGGGGUGUGCUUCUGGUGCAGGCUUAAUCAAGAUAAAAAACCUUUACAUGCGCUUUCUAGUGGCUUUGCUUUGAUUGUGAAUUUUUACCUUAUAUCAUCUUGCCAUUUUCAUUGUCAUUUAAUAAGUAAAGAUUACAAACUAGAGAGGAAUUGUAGCCUGUGAUUCUGGUGAGUAAGAACUUUGUUGGCCAAAACCAUGGCUUGGAUAAUGUUAAGGUGUCAGUAUGUUAAAAACUUGUCUUGGCUGAGCGGCAACUGUAGAAGGCAGGGGCAAGAGGCAUAACUGCCCAGACUUUGAGACAAUCUUUCCUUGAUGGCUUUCAUAUUGUUGCACUUUUGCAGAAGGGAAACCAAAGUAACUCCAAGGCGAUCAGAGAAACUCAACAAGUAAAUAAGUAAAAAAUAUUGCAUGUAUCCACCUCAUUUUGCAAAAUGUAAAGGGUCCUCAGUGCUAAAACAUAACUUCCUUAGCAAAGGCAAUGGGGAUAAAAGGGAUGAUUUUCUCCUUUUGUAGGUAUCCUAUGCUCCUCAAUGAUCCAAAUGCACUUUGUUUGAAGCAUACUGACACCUUUACUACCCGAUAGUAACAUCAUAGGGACAGCAGUAAAUUGGUUUAUUCAGCAUUUUCAAAUCCAUGCACAACGGAUGCGAUUUCUGCCACCAAUUGCUCUCGUUGGGGUCUUAGCACUGAAUGAGAAGUUACUCUAAGAUGAUGAAUCCGAAGAUUAUUCUUAGAUCUAAUUUCAGGAGAUUGGCUGGGAUCAGGGUUAUUUUUUGAAUGUUACCUGGAAUCAGAUGUUCCACUAAAGAUUACUCCAUGUGCCAGGCUACUGAUCAGAAGUGUAAGUCAUCCCAUGUGCCGAUUACUUCACAGACUUGCUCUUUAGUAGUCAGUUGACUUUUGCCUUUUAACUUAACUGUGAACAUCUGUCCGAGCUGUGCAAUAGUUUUUUGUGUCAGUCUGGGGUUCUUUUUGCAUAUAUAGUUUGUGUUUGGAGGGUAUUUUUCUGUGUAGAUGACUGUGUACUUCCCUCCUGUUCAUAUGUCAUAACCAUGGCCAUUUGUUGGUGAAAUGUGAAGUGCAAUUGCUAUUGGUCAGUAUUUCUUCAUAGGGAAUUGUAAUGGUUUUGUCGUUGCUAAGUUGAGAAGACUAUUUGGGCAUGACUUGCGGGAAGUGUUCCCCUGAUUUGCACUAUACAGUAAAGAAAAAGUAUGAAGGGACAGUGUUUGACGCUUUCUAGGUCAUGUAUAAUUUGCACUUCUUGUUCGCAAUUGCUAUUUAAAUAAUAAAAUAACUAAUUGAGGUGCCUCUUGCCAAAAAGCUUUUAUAAUUAGCAUUAUUAUAGAAAGUCAUGUAGAGUCCCAAUCUGCACAUAAAUUCCAAAGUUCUAAUAUUUUCUCAGCAUCUUUUAAUGAACAAUAACUGUGCCCAAAAAUUGACAGACAUCACUGUGAUAUACUUUUUACAACAUUUAAAUUCAUAAAUUGAAAGAAUUUAUAUGGAAUUUAUUAAUUUUAUGACAACUGUCUUGUAAUUGCCCCCUGGCUUGUGGAUGGAGAAAUUAGACAUAUCUAGAAUAUAGUUGAAUAGUUCAUUUGAAAUUGUUAGUAAAGUAUAAAUAUGAUUUACAAAUUGCCAUGCUGAUGCAAUGAAAGUCUUCUGAAAUUAAAAAUACCGUAUGUGAAUCUGA